AUGGAUGUCCUCCUGCAAGAGGAGCUGCACCGAGAGCACACCUGGGAGCAGCUCCUCUGCCUCGUGCACCAGUAUCAGGAGGUCCAAGACACCUCCAGGGUGACCAAGGCGCGAGAAGCUAGGGAGAGCUGGGGCCGCCUACAGCCUUUUUGCUGCCUCUCGCCCCUGCAGAGAGGAGAUGCCUGCAAGCACUUUGGCUCCUUGGUGGGAUUGCUGGCGCCGCUGACGUGUGACCCUAUGCCCACGUCCCGCCAGUUGGCCGUCACCUGCCUGAGCUCCCUUCUGCGAAUGCAAGCCAAGGCGACCAACAGAGUCAUCGAGACAGGAGACAUCGGGAGCCUGUGUGAGGGGCUGAAUGCCUGCAGCACCAUCUCUCAGCUCCAGUCCUCAUCCAAAAUCGCGAGGGUCUUUUGCAGCAGCUUCCCCCUGGAACACGCCGUGGACUUCAUGACGGCCAUCAGGGAGACCUUCCGGGAAGCCAAAGGGACGCGUGCGCGUGCUGCUGGGAAGUGGAUGAUCACCUUUCUGCAGAUGUAUGGAAAGGACAUCCACUGGGACGUGCCACUGAUCCUCUACAUCCUGCGCAGCUGCGUGCGCUCCAUGCAGCAGAGCGUGUUCCUGCCCAUCCUGUGCCAGGCGGUGGUCAUCCUCACACGCUGUCACGCAGAGCUCGCGAUUGACAACUUCUUCCGGCUGCUUGAGCCCACAGACAGUGACACGUGGAGGAAAAGAAUAAGAGCAUUUUCUCUUCGAGAGGGGAGCCGGUAGAGGAAUGCAAAGAACAGGAAAGCCGAGCUAAAAA